CCGUAUAAGGGAUAUUUCGAGGUUGACGCAGUCGGCCGUCCCGAGUCUCGCCUCUCUACUCGACUCCUCCCUAGUUUGCGCAGCCCCCUCAUAGCUCGUUUGCGACUUGCAGCUGGUUGUCAAGAUGGCCGUUGAUUUCGAGAACGACAUCAUCCUUCUCACUUGUGCGAGCGGCAAGCAAUGCUCGCGGCUGAUCCCUCUUCUCUACGGCAAAUGGAAAAAGCUGCGACUCGCCGCGCAUAGUGCGGCCUCAGAGGAACGCCUCAAGGCACAGUACCCUGAGGCCACCGUCGUCCGCGCCGACAUGAGCCGCCCCGACGAUGCUCGCCGUAUCUUGUCCGGAGUCACAGCCGUCCUUCACAUUGGCCCGUCUCUUCACGCCCACGAAACCGAACUCGGAUACACCAUGAUCGACGCGGCGCGUGAGGAAGCUAAACACGGAGUCUUCAAGCACUUUGUUUACUCCUCCGUUCUGCACCCACAGCUCCGCAAGCUGAUGAACCAUGACGCCAAGCGUUACGUGGAGGAGUAUCUGAUUGAGUCUGGGCUCAAUUACACCAUCAUCCAACCAAGCCACAUUCUGGACCCAUUCCCAGUCCAGCAAUUGCUGCAACAGCAAUCCCCCGUCUUCACCGCGCGCUUCGAUCCCAACACCACCUUCUCCUUCACUGUCCUGCAAGAUCUGGCGGAAGCCAUCGCGAAGAUUUUCGAAGAGAGAGAGAAGCACUACCUGGCCCAGUAUACGGCCUGUUCCACUGGCCCGACCUCCUAUGUUCAAGUGGUCGAUGCACUGAGCAAGGAAAUCGGCAAACCCAUUCAGAUCGUGCGGAAAGAGUACUUCGAUGCGACUGAAGAGUUGCUGAAGGCCGUGGUCGGAACUGCUGAAGGGCUUCCGCAAUCCACCCGUGAUGCGGUUCAUCGAUUGGUACUCUAUUACAAUUUCUAUGGGAUCAAAGGUAACACAAACGUGCUGGAGUGGUUGAUAGGACGGAAGACGACUUCUGUUGAGGAUUGGGUGCAUCAGAAAGUCCUGGAGUGCCAGCGUUCUUAACGUGUAAUGGGCCACUGGUGAUGGAAACUUGAAGGCUGCCUGUAACAGAUUACCUCGCAUGUCUGCUAAACGCUCUUUCUAGCUUUGAGUCUAGAAAACAAUAUUGCAAGCAGUAAAUUCUUCCAGUUUUUGACGGCUCGACAAGGCAACAAUCACCUAGCUUCAGUUACACUGCCUUUCGUCUCUUCGUCCCCG